CUCACUGCUGGUCAUGGCGCUGCGGACUGUCCGAAACUUACCGUGCUUUUUGAGUGUACUCUGCGUGUUUCUCCUUAGCAGUGGCCCGAACCCGGUGCUGUCUUGUCCGAGCCGCUGUUUGUGUUUUCGUACCACUGUCAGAUGUAUGCAUUUAAACCUGGAAACUGUACCAGCGGUUCUCCCUCAGACCACCAUCCUAGACCUGAGAUUCAACAAAAUCAAGGAUUUUCAGCCGGGAUCCUUCAAACGAUUAAAGAACCUCAAUACACUCCUUUUAAAUAACAAUCACAUCAGAAGAAUCCCAAGAGGAGCCUUUGAAGAUUUGGAGAACCUCAAAUAUCUCUAUUUGUACAAGAACGAAAUCCAGUCUAUAGACCGUGAAGCCUUUAAGGGACUCGUGUCUCUAGAACAACUAUACCUGCACUUCAACAACAUUGAGUCAUUGGAGCCAGAAUCUUUCUCUCAUCUACCAAAGCUUGAGCGUUUAUUUUUGCACAACAACAGAAUGACUCAUCUUGCAUUAGGAACCUUUUCCAAUUUGCAGUCCAUGAAGAGGCUGCGCCUGGACUCAAACACUCUGAACUGUGACUGUGAACUGCUGUGGUUGGCCGAUCUGUUGAAGCAGUACGCAGAGUCCGGUAACGCUCAAGCCGCGGCGACUUGCGACUUUCCCACCCGCUUACAGGGACGCUCGGUCGCAACUCUCACUGCGCAAGAGCUCAACUGCGAAGUGCCCCGGAUCACAUCAGAGCCACAGGAUGUUGACGUAACCUCCGGGAAUACAGUCUACUUCACCUGCAGGGCAGAGGGCAACCCCAAGCCACAGAUCAUCUGGCUCAGAAACAACAAUGCUUUGAACAUGAGGGAUGACACACGUCUGAAUCUUCUGGAAGAUGGAACUCUGAUGAUCCAGGACACACGCGAGACGGACCAGGGCGUAUAUCAGUGCAUGGCCAAAAAUGUUGCCGGGGAGGUGAAGACUUCUGAGGUUACCUUGCGAUACUUCAGGUCACCUUCUCGGCCCAGUUUUGUGAUCCAGCCACAGAACACUGAGGUGCUGGUGGGGGAGAGCGUGACCCUGGAGUGCAGCGCGACGGGUCAGCCACAGCCCCGGGUAACCUGGACUAAAGGAGACCAAACGGCCCUGCCGGUGGACCCCCGCGUCAACAUUACACCUUCCGGCGGUCUUUUCAUUCAGAGUGUCAAUCAGGCUGAUGGAGGACAGUACACCUGCUUCGCGAGCAACAACGUUGACACUAUCCGUGCCAAUGCGCAUAUUAUAGUACAAGCUCGUCCACAGUUCACGGUGACCCCUCAGGAUCAGUCAGUGUUGGAGGGUCACACAGUCGAUUUUCCAUGUGAGGCCAGCGGUUACCCCCAGCCGGUCAUAGCGUGGACGCGUGGCGGCAGCCCUCUGCCCAAUGAAAGAAGACAUGUCAUCCUGUCGACGGGCAGCUUGCGAAUCAGUCGUGUUGCCCUUCAUGAUCAGGGCCAGUAUGAAUGCCAGGCGGUCAGUCCAGUUGGCACUGCCAGAGCAGCUGUUCAGCUAAAUGUCCUUCAGACCGUAACGCCUGUUUUCACAAAUGCUCCAAGGGAUUUGACCGUGGAGUCUGGAUCAGAUGUCCAGAUUCCAUGCAGUGCUCAGGGCGAGCCCACACCUAUCCUCACGUGGAGCAAGGAUGGAGUGCAGAUAACUGAGAGCGGGAAGUUUCAUAUCAACCCUGAGGGUUAUCUGGAAGUUCAAGACGUGGGGCUCGCCGAUGGGGGAAGAUACGAGUGUGUAGCUCGUAACUCCAUUGGGUAUUCCUCUUCCAGCAUGGUGCUAACCGUUCAAGUACCGCAGGUGAGCAGGGAGGGCGAUCCAUACGUUUCCACUUCCCUCGAAGAGGCCAUUCGGAGCAUUAACAGCGCGAUAGACUCAACAAGGAGGCAACUCUUUGACGGAUCUCCCCGUACCCCCGGCGAGCUGCUGGCUCUGUUUCGUUACCCCCGGGACCCCUACACCGUGGAGCAGGCCCGAGCGGGAGAGAUUUUUGAGCAGACGUUACUUCUCAUUCAGAGGCAUGUCAACCAGGGCCUCAUGGUGGACACGAAUGGAACUGCCUUCCGCUACAAUGAUCUGGUGUCACCACGAUUCCUGGAUAUGAUCGCCAACUUGUCUGGCUGCCAGGCCCAUCGACGCUUCAACAACUGCUCUGAUAUCUGCUUCCACCAGAAGUAUCGCACCCACGACGGCACCUGCAACAACCUUCAGCACCCAAUGUGGGGCGCGUCCCUCACCGCCUUCGAACGCUUGCUGAAGCCCGCCUACGACAACGGUUUCAAUCUUCCGCGUGGGACCACCGAGAGAUGGCACAACGGCUUCCCUCUGCCGCUCCCGCGCCUGGUGUCCACCUCAAUGAUCGGCACGGAGACCAUCACCCCGGACGACCGCUAUACACAUAUGCUCAUGCAGUGGGGCCAGUUCUUGGACCACGACCUGGAUUCCACCGUCGUAUCCCUUAGCCAGUCACGUUUCUCUGAUGGUCAGCUGUGCACCUCGGUGUGCACCAACGACCCUCCUUGCUUUCCCAUUAUGUUCCCGCCGAACGACCCUCGCCAGCGGCGUAGCGGAGCACGUUGCAUGUUCUUCGUGCGGUCCAGUCCAGUUUGCGGUAGCGGAAUGACGUCUCUACUUAUGAACUCGGUGUAUCCGCGUGAACAGAUGAACCAGCUUACCUCCUACAUCGACGCUUCCAACGUAUACGGUAGCUUGAAGCACGAGGCGGAAGAGGUCAGGGACUUGGCCAGCCACAGGGGAAUGUUACGUCAGGGUAUCGUUCAACGCACCGGUAAGCCGCUUUUGCCGUUCGCCACCGGGCCACCAACGGAGUGCAUGAGAGAUGAAAACGAAAGCCCCAUCCCUUGCUUCCUAGCCGGAGAUCACCGUGCCAAUGAGCAGCUUGGGUUGACAGCCAUGCACACGGUUUGGUUCCGCGAGCAUAAUCGCAUUGCUAGCGAGUUGCUACGUCUCAACCCUCACUGGGACGGGGACACCAUUUACCACGAGGCCAGGAAGAUCGUUGGAGCUGAGAUGCAACACAUCACCUACAGCCACUGGCUCCCUAAAAUCCUCGGCGAGGCUGGAAUGAGGCUCAUGGGUGAUUAUAACGGCUACAAUCCCAACAUUAACGCCGGUAUCCUCAACGCCUUCGCCACCGCCGCCUUCCGGUUCGGCCACACGCUCAUUAAUCCCAUUCUGUACCGUCUAGACGAGAACUUCCAGCCGAUCCAGCAGGGACACAUCUCACUGCAUAAAGCUUUCUUCUCGCCUUUCCGCAUUGUGAACGAGGGAGGCAUCGAUCCGCUGCUUCGCGGCCUGUUCGGAGUAGCGGGGAAAAUGCGUGUGUCCUCACAGCUGCUGAAUACGGAGCUCACGGAACGUCUAUUCUCAAUGGCGCAUGCUGUGGCGCUCGACCUCGCCGCCAUGAACAUUCAAAGGGGGCGUGAUCACGGCAUCCCGUCGUAUAAUGACUACCGGUUGUUCUGCAACCUCACAGCCGCUCAGACGUUUGAGGAUCUGAGGAAUGAGAUUCAGAACCCCAGCGUACGUGAAAAGCUUCAAAGACUGUAUGGCACGCCUCUGAAUAUCGAUCUAUUUCCUGCUCUGAUGGCUGAAGAUUUGGUGCCUGGCAGCAGACUGGGUCCAACUCUCAUGUGUUUACUGGCCACGCAGUUUAAACGGCUGAGAGAUGGUGACAGGUUUUGGUAUGAGAACCCAGGCGUCUUUAAUCCAGCACAGUUGACUCAGUUGAAGCAGACAUCUCUCGCCCGGGUGCUGUGUGACAAUAGUGACAACAUCACCCGCAUCCAGUCGGAUGUCUUCAGUGUGGCAGACUUCCCUCACGGCUAUGGAAGCUGUGAUGACUUGCCCAGGAUUGACCUACGGAUGUGGCAGGACUGCUGUGAAGACUGCCGCACUAAAGGUCAGUUCAACGCCCUUACAUAUCACUUUAGAGGUCGUAGGUCAACGGAGCAAAGCUAUGCUGAAGAGAGAUCUGACAGUAACUUCACAAAUAACCACAGCGCAUUGGAAGAGGCUCAAGUUACAAUGAACACAAGUGUAUCAGCACAGUCAAGCACUGAACCUUCAAUAAAGGAUUUCCAGGAGUUUGUAACAGACAUGCAGAAAACUAUCACAAGUUUACGAAAACAGAUUAAAAGACUUGAAGGCCGUCUGAGCAAGACCGGCUGCACUGAUGAUGAGGGAAGAGAACGAGAAGACGGAAAAAGCUGGAAGAAGAAUCACUGCACCGUGUGUCAGUGUAAAGAGGCCCAGGUGACGUGUUUCGUGGAGAAGUGCCCACGGGUGGUAUGCGUGAAUCCCGUGACACCCAGAGGCUCGUGCUGCCCCAUGUGUCUGGAUGACCAGCAUCACUUAAAACCUCAGGACGCUUGACAGACGUGACCUUGAGCUUUUUUAGUCAUCUUUCAGGGUUUUUUAUAUUGUUUAUAUAUUGGUAUUUUUUAUAUCCCCCACAACUAAACACACUUUAAACUGCCUUGGGUAUUUGAAUGGACAGAUGGCUGAAUGUGGGACCGUGUCUCCCUCCCUCAGGCCCACGGGCCUCAGAUGACCCCAGAGUACACCUCUGGACCUGUUGUCUUUCAGAAUGGGAGAUGCUCAAGAACUGGUGCUAUUUUAUUCCAUUUUUGAUUCGUGCGUUUUAUUGUGUUCGCAAUAUACAAUGCAUCGUAUAUACACUCAUUAUGUGCUUUUGAAAACCACAUCUGAGCGAAAAGCCGAUUCGUAGUUACUCGAAAGAAUGGUAAACUGUUUAUUCCUGCGUUAAGGGUUGAUGAUGUCAAGUAUCAUAUUCAGAACAGAAUUUCCCGCUUUGUAUCUUUACGUGAAGAAUAAUGUGAAAAAUAUUUGCGAAAAAUGUGGGGGAAAGACGCUACUGAUCACCAAAUGUUUGCUUCCCUUGGCUUUUCCGUCGCGGGUUACCGUAGACGAGGGCGCCUUUUAGCUUUCCUUAGAACGAUGGAUGUUUUGGGUUCGGUAUCUUUAUUUUAGCAGCUGAGGUAGAAGAGCUCCGCAGACACGUGAUGUUACUGUACGUUCCUCAUCGACCAGCACAGUAUUUAUAUCCUCGUGUUCUGAAUGAAGGUCCAGAUGUUUCCUCCAGUCUUCAUCUAAAGGAUGUUAACAAUUGUGCCUCGUCACAAUACAUCACUUGAAGCGUACACACAUAUCCAUACUCUUUCAUCCAGACUCGCUUUAUAUUUACAUCCGCUUGAUUGUACAAAAACGUGCUGUGCUUUUGUGUCUGUAAUAAAAGCCACAUGAAAGAGAUGCGGGGGGCUGUGAUGGUGAAAGAAGCCCCUUCUCUCUAGACUACUGCCCCUUUCGAAACAUUCCCUUGUAUUCUGGUUUAACAUCAGAAGCGUGUUAGACGUCAGAUAACCAGAAUCGCGGUUUGGUUUGUGUACUUAUGGUCAAUGAAUGUUAUACUCAUCAUUCAUGCCUCUUAUGCAACAUUCGGGUUGUGUCCAUGUCAGGGGUUUAGUACUCCCAAAUGGGAAUUUGAUUACUUCCUUCCCUCCUCGAUGAUCAUACGAACCCCCCCAAAUCAAACUGUGCCCCCCUGUCAUGGAAUGCACUGCCCACUAGGACUGAAUACGCUCAAGUGGUCAACGUGAUUCUUAUAUUUUGUAAUUUUGCCAAAUACUGUUUGCACUGUAAUGUAUGCAUUUCGACAAUAAUAAAAUGACCACAUAAUAAACAACAACUGUUCAACAGUUAUGUAUCGGGCACAGACGGCAUUGCUUUAGACCUGAGGAAUGAGUUUGAGUUUCUUCUGCAGGUUCAUGGCACAGUCAUGUAUGUAACGUGAUAUAAACAAUACAUGCAAGCAUCUGUCACCUAUCAUCUUGGUAUUUAGCAGUAAUGAAUUCAGAAUGAGGUAUGGACUAUAUACAAUGAUCAAACACAUAUAGUGAUUGUAUGAUUAUAACAUGUCAACCAAUAUGACACUCAGUCAGCAGCUCAUAUAAAAAUGAAUCACGGUUCCUACACUUUUACUUUAAUAAAAAACAUGUAUUUGGCAAAUACACAAAUUGUCAAAACUAGCAUGUUCAGGAUUUGAUCAUUUUUGAAGAAUAGUUAAAAUGCAAAAGUAGCUUCGAACAGUCACGUCACUAUAAAAUAAGUACUUUAAUUGUGAAUAUGUUGUAACAAAAACAACAUGAAUAUGUGACUCACACAAAUGAUAAUGAUAAUUUCUUGUAGCAAAUACAUUAGGGGCUACUCGCAACUCCAGACAUGACUUUUAAAAACAUCGAGACGUGUUACGAUAUUUUAUCAUUCCAGGAAUUCCCUGUUGCUUCAUGCAUGAUGAAGAAUUACAACUGUGUUAAUCAUCAAUUAAUGGAUUAUUUUUUCCCAAAAUCCAUUUGUAUGCUUUCACCACGAUUUGUUUAUAUGUCAUGAGUCUUGUGGAGUUAAAACACCUCAUAUUUUUAAGAGCUUGAGAAGAUGCAGUCACUGCCACUGAAGACAUAAAAAAAACAAUUUUGGUUCCAUAAUAACAACUUUGGUAAAAACAGCCUGAAUCAGAAGCAGUGUGUGAACGCCUGCCAGUCUCUUCUGACAGGCCUAUUCAUACCAAUGCACUAAUAUGAGUAAAACCCAAAGACUGUUCACCAGAACAAGGAAAACUCUUGGUUUAAAUGAGACUUAUACACAAGCCAAACUAGUAGAGAGUUAGAUCACGUUUCGCCGUUCUUAGAGGCAUUGACAAACUUAAGUAGCCUACUCAAAAGAACUACAAUGAACUUUAGACGUCUCCAUCACAUUUUAUAAUUACUGAAAAAUCAAACAUAGUUCGACCCUUAUGCAAGUCAUCCCGUCCUUUAAAAACUAAAGCUGGCUAGUGUUUGGGGUAUUAGAACUUAAACAUGGACCUAACAUACACCUCGGGUCCCCUGUACAAGGAAUUCAUCCUGUUGUUCCUACAGUAGCCCUAAACAGAAACGACUGCUUUACAAGUUGGUUUCGUAAAUACCUAAUCUCGCUCGGCAAAGAAGCGAAAACGUGACGACAUCUUAGUCCUGUGAGAGCAGCCCUACUGCUUCGAAAGGAAGAGAUGGAUUGAGACAUUGGUUGCAAUUUGCAACCUCACCACUAGAUGCAGCUAAAACCACAAAAUUGCUCCUUUAAAUCCACAUCAUUUGAGUAGCAUGACUGUACAUCAUACAAGAACAUGAAAAAUACACAGAAUUAUAAAAAAAAGGUUCACGUACAUGCAUCUAAUGAAAUAUGAUACAAUUUUACAUGAUUUGUUACAUAUGAAACACCCUUAGCAGAUUUUCGCAUUAUAAUAAUGACAAAAACUUUGUGCAUUGUCCAUGUCAGAAACUAGUUUCACACAGCUUAUAUCCUUAAAGUCGGCAUGAAAUUUAAAAUCAUUUCUAAUUGUUUUUCACAGUGGUGAAGUAUUUAUAAAAAACAAUAAAUAAGGUCAGCUCUUCCUCAACAGCAUUUCUCUCCACACCACUGUUGAUCAUCUCAAUCUAAGUCUGAAUUUCAAUUUAUAACACAAGAGGUUCGAAUAAACAUCCUCAAAACGCUUGACAUCCUGCAGUUUGU